GGCUCAUAGUUUGACAGCAACUGAAUGCUGAUGCCGUCAAUGUUUGUGACAUUAAUUUCUUAGAUUUUUCGGUUGUUGUGUUUAUUUCUGCCGACAAACAAUGGCACAGUCCGUAAAUAUUUCCGUAGAAGCAACGAUAGAGAAUGUUAUUCAGGAGAUUACCUACGACGGAACGGAAAUAUAUCAACCACCACUCACUUUGUCGGAAAGUCUUACGAAAAAUGCAUCACGAAUUGACUUCAGUAAGUCUGCGCUCGAGAGCGAUAGCGUAACAGUAAAAUCCGAGGAUGUAAGCGAUCAGAAAGAAGAAGAUUCAAAGGAUCCGGCCGCAUUUCAAUCCAGUCUGUGGCCGUGGGAUUCGGUGCGCAAUAAAUUGCGUGAUGCAUACACAGAAGUGUGUGUGCUGAGUGAUGUGUUAGCAAUUGCAAAGGAGAAACGAUACAUGGUAUUGGAUCCAGUUCCUCAGGAAGCACAAGAGACUAAGCCGAUGGUGCAAGUGUAUGCGCGAAAGAAAGCCCUAGCGAAUGCCGCACACGUUCUGUUGAAUGGUGCCGAACGACUUCGUAACUCGCACAGUGAACAACGGAACAAUCGCAAUGUUUCCGACUUCCACAUCGAAUUGUUGCGCCUGCGGCAAAAUUGGAGACUGAAGAAGGUGUCGAACACGAUCAUUGGCGAUUUGAGCUACCGCACGGCUGGUUCGAAAUUUAACCAUCCCGGAAUGUUUGAAGUGACGAAAGCAGAAGACGAUGAUAGCGGGAGCAAUUCACCUCCACCCAGUCCAAGUAACGGGCAAGCGGCUUUGCCGUGCCCCAAGAAUAAUUCGGCGUUGCGUGUCAACGUUCCGUCCGAAUUGCAAGGUGUUGCUUACAUAAAAGUCAUCACACAAAAGGAUCAGGAGGACUUGUGCACAGCCAACGUUAAUUUACUGGGAACCGGACAAAAUAUAACCCAUCAGGUCGGAGUGUGGCAAAAGACUCUCGAGUAUGCGCAGAACAUUCUAUUCUGCAAAGAACUAUUCAGUCAACUGGCUCGCGAGGCAGUACAGUUACAAGCUCCAAUACCGCAUGUCGUGGUCGGAAAUCAAAUUAGAGCCACUUUGCUACCAGGAAUCCAGCUGAUUAUCAGCCUAUGUCAUACAACGUCUCUCGAACCAGGGCCAUCAGGACCAACCAAUGAUCAUGAUCACGUUUUAGAGCACUCGCUGCAUCAGCUGCUGAGGGGAGUUCAUCACAAAAAUACUCAUCAUCCGUUUCCACAUCCAGCCAGUGGACCAUUGGGACCGAGUCAGAAGCGAGUGUUAGCUGGACCAUUGGCAGCCGAUCGAUAUGAACUGAUCGAAAUGACGAAAACUCAGACACUGCUCGAGCAAAUCAUCGCUCAGGCUCAACAUAUUUUCAUGCGCAAACGGACCCAAUAUGUUCUCGACACACUAGCCAGAGAUGUGAAAGACCCGCAGAUCAUUUCCCAUUGGAAUGCCAUGAACAGUCCAACGAUGUCGUGCGUGAAGAUAAACAUCAUCACUCACGGAUACGACACAGUGUGCCGAACGUCAUUGCUCAUUCACGUCAAAGAAAGAUCAUUGAAAUGUAUCAGUCGCGAUGGUCGUGUGAUGGAUAUGUCUUAUGAACCACAAGAAUUGCGCGACUUAAUACUUUGCCAAAUCAAUCAGCAUCAAAUCUCGGGCCUACAAAAUGUGGCCAAAUUGAUGGCAUGGCAAACGCUGUCCAACAGCAAUCAUUUGGGAAUCGGAUCUGUUGAGCCGCUGGGCAAUGCUACGUCGUGUGUGUUGGCUUCACCGAAUGGCGAUCGAUUGAUCGCAGUGCAGAUACGAUGUGAUCCACCACAAAUUGACGUGAAAGUUUAUAUUGCGCAGAGUCCAAGAAAGGACUUCUUCCCCGGACCGUUGGUGCAGGGUAAAUAUUGGGAACAUUUGGGUGGUCAUUUCAAGGAAGUUCGAUUCGACAAGUUGGAAGGUAAAAACUUUUUGAACAAAAUGGAAUUUUUGAUGGCCAGUUUGUCCAGUUCAUCUUAAGGUGUAUUUUCAAUUCUUCUCAUUUAUAAAUGUACCGAGUUUAAGCGAAA